AUGACACGUCUAUUAGGCUCUCUUGUAGGGCUAGUGUCAAUGGCGAGUGUGCUCGUCCAAGCAACUCUAGACUCCAACGAUAUCGACUUUGUAAUGCACGCCGAUCGUGCUGCCAACGACUCAUUACUGUGGGGCACCUAUCGACCUAAUCUCUACUUUGGCACUCGCACUCGCUUCCCCGAAUCCUUAAUGACAGGCCUCAUCUGGUUUGACGGUGGCGAGUUUCAAGGUUUCCAACGGGCUCGUCAUGCUUGUGAUCAAGGGGAUGGAUUGAAUGGAUAUGGAUAUCAUCAACAUGAUGGCCGUAGCUAUGGCAUGCAACAGAUCAAGGAUGGACCGAGCAAUGUCGAGAUCACUACAGAAUUCAUCAAAGUACCUGGUGGAGAUCAUGGUGGUGAUUGGGGUGUGCGUAUUCGAGGUGAACCCAUGAAUAGCCAAGUGCCAUCAACGACCACCAUUAUCUUUUAUGCUGGAUUGGAAGGACAAGGAAGCAUGGAUAUAGUUAGCAAGUUAUCACGCAAGGGCUUGAAAUCACCCAUCCAAAUCGAAGGUGACACGCCAGACCUUGGUGACUUUGAGAUCGAAAUCGUGGAUGGCCCUUUGAAUGUGAGCCCCGAACAAGGCAUUGAUCAAGACCUUUCAAGGACACAAUGGUGGGGUCUUCAAGUGAAGGAAGGCGAUAUUUGGCGUGCUAAAGAUAUCAUUAUGCCGCGACUACUGAUGUCUGCACGAGAAAAGAUUGCCAAAGGUUCUCCCGAAGAUGCAAUGGCACACCCUUAUUCGUAUUUCACUUUGGACAACACUUUGACGGAGGAAGAGGAUGAAGUCGCCAACAUGUACGCAUUCCAGAAAAUCUUUCAUGGGCAAUUUCAGUUUGAUGUCAUCUUUCGAUCCGCAAGCUCUCCCAAGAAGCUGAGCAAUGAAAUGAUGGGUCCCAAGAUCAAGGAAAAAAGCAACGAAUUUCAGGCACGCUUUGAAACGACUUUUCAUCUCAAAGAAAAAGGAUUCUCGGACAAGGAGAUUGAAUUUGCCCAGUUCUUGUUGAGCAACAUGUUGGGUGGCAUCGGAUACUUUUAUGGAUCAUCCAUUGUUGAUCGAUCACACGGCCCUUUGCAGGAUGAAGAGAGUUUUGCUGGCGAGCCUCUUUCUCCUCAGUAUACCAGUCCCCAAAGCUUGUUUACUGCCACACCAAGUCGUCCCUUUUUCCCACGUGGUUUCUACUGGGAUGAAGGUUUCCAUGAGCUGGUUAUUGGUAAAUGGGACAAUGAUUUGAGCUUGGACAUUAUCAAGCAUUGGAUUUCCUUGAUUGAUGAGAAUGGAUGGGUUGGACGUGAGCAAAUCCUGGGUGAUGAAGCACGUAGCAAGGUGCCUAGCGAAUUCCAAACGCAGUUUCCUCAUUAUGCAAAUCCUCCUACUUUGUAUCUUGCCAUCAAACGCUAUGUGGAUCGAUUUACGCACCAACAAGGCGCUGCCAUGAUGGAAGGAUCGGGUGCCGCCACUACCAUGUCGAGCUUUGACGACCCUGCUGUGUUACGCAACUUCCACCUGGAGAAUGCUGUUCUUGGUCAUGCUUGGCUUGACAAGGUGUAUCCCAAGAUGAAGCUCAAUUGGGAAUGGUUCCGUAAGACCCAACGCGGUCACUUGGCACGUUUUGGACGCAAGACAUCCAAUCAAGAAGCAUACCGUUGGAGAGGACGUACCACUGAACAUACCUUGACAUCGGGUUUGGAUGACUAUCCUCGUGGAGAACCUCCCAACGUUGGUGAAUUGCAUGCUGAUCUUAUGGCUUGGAUGACCUUUGCUACUCGACUUUUAAAGGAUAUUGCAACUGAACUUGGAAAUCAAGAGGAUGCACAACAAUUUGCUCAAAUUGAAUUGGAUAUGCUGGAAAACUUGGAUGCAUUGCAUUGGAAUGAGGAGCAGCAGGCUUAUUGCGAUCAAACAGUGGAAGAAGGCAAGCCUGUUCAUGUUUGUCACAAGGGAUACUUAUCCUUGUUCCCAUUGGCACUCGGCCUUGUUCCUGCAGAUUCACCCAAGCUUGGUGCUAUUCUUGAAAUGAUCCGCAAUGAAAAUGAAUUAUGGUCGCCCUACGGAUUGCGUUCGUUGUCAGCUUCGGAUGAAUACUACAACACAGGCGAAGUCUAUUGGCGAGGCCCAAUUUGGAUCAACAUGAAUUAUUUGACAUUGCAAGGACUCUAUAACAAUUAUAUGAACACCCCAGGCCCUUAUCAAAAACGUGCGCAAGAAAUCUAUGCCGAGUUACGCAGCAAUAUCAUCAACACCGUGUACAAGGACUAUGCCCAAACCGGUUAUGUAUGGGAGCAAUAUUCUGAUAGCACUGGAAAGGGUCAACGUAGCCAUCCAUUCACGGGUUGGACUAGUCUUGUACUUCUUAUUAUGGCUGAGCAGUAUUCGUAG